AUGCUCUCCCAUUUAAUUUUACCAGUUUUUGUCUUGUUCGCGUGGCCGAGAUCUGUUGCCUCGGAGUCAGAUAUCACCUAUUGUUCGUCGGUGAACACGGGGGCAUUAAAUGAUCCAAAUGUCAGCACCUUUCAGUCGAAUGGUCUCUGUACGGACCACUGCAAAAAUAAGUGGGCAUUUGGAAUCCUCCAAGGCAAGAAAUGCUGGUGUUCGAACAUCGCACCAAACAAAGCCACCAAUGUUGAUGACAAAAAAUGCAAUACUGGAUGCCCAGGCUAUCCGGACGACAGCUGUGGGGAUGCCGCUAAAGGCCUAUUUGCCUAUCUAGAGAUGUCCGGCCAAAUGCCCUCAGGAACAGCGACGGUGCCGGCCCCGAAAAGUACUAACGGGAAAGAAACCUCGUCGAAAUCCGACAGUUCAACCAACACAGCUCCUGGUCCUGCAACGACUGGGAGCACCGUUGAAACAAGUGUUGGCGGCGAGAUAACAACAAUAAUCGUGCCAAAUUCCCAGACAAACCCAACAUCAACACCAGACACUUCCAAGAAAGGGGAUGAUUCAGGCAUGUCCGGGGGCACUGUUGCUGGAGUCGUUGUUGGUUCUGUUGGUGGAUGUGCUGCGAUAGGAGCAGUUAUUGUUAUGUUCAUCUUUGCAAAGCGUCGAUCCCGUGCUGCAAGUCCCGACCCGAGCGUUCAAAACAUAUUGCUAGAUGGAAGGACAAGCAAGGGUUCUCAAAUGAGCUUUAUGAAGGGCAUGUUUUCAGACAACCAUAGUCAUACCUUGUCUGCUGGGUCCACCAUAACACCUGCUCGUAUGCCAGGUUUUACCGACAACCGCAUGAAAACAGACACAGUACUUUGGCCAGGUGGCCGUCGUGAUAGUAGCUUAUCACUUCAGGACAACGAAGAUUAUUCUCGGCCAGUUUUACGGCUGACAAAUCCCGAUUGA